AUGGCGGCGCUGCCAGAGAUACAGAAAGCGAUCCGAUGGCAUCCCCCCUCAUACGAUAUACGGGUGGAAGAUAUUCCCAUUCCAAGCCUUGAACAGCCUGAUGAUGCGAUCAUCAAGAUCAAGCUUGCUGGACUAUGCGGAAGCGACCUGCAUAUCUAUCGUGGUCACGAAGAUGUUCACGAGGAACUUGUCUGUGGGCAUGAGUUUAUCGGAACAGUAGUUGCGCUCGGCAGCAAUUUCUCUCCUUCUCACGCGAAAGGGAGACCGCAACUAUAUUCAACGCUAAAAAUAGGGGACGAAGUGAUAAGUCCUUUCACAGUGUCGUGUGGGGAAUGUCACUUUUGCCGCGUGGGCUUUACGUGCAGAUGCAUACACUCAAAGUUGUUCGGAAUUCAUGAUCUGCCGGGAGGUCAAGCGCAAUAUGUUCGCGUGCCCAAAGCCGGUGGGACACUCUUUCGCAUCCCCGGUGGUCGCACCGGCGUCCACGACGCCUCGUAUCUCCUACUCGGUGAUAUUUUACCGACGGGGCUUUUUGCGGUAAUGCAGCUGUUGCAGAACCAGAAGAUUGCGCCGAUGCUGCAAGGAAAAUCGUGGCCGUUGAACGCUUGGCCUUUCCACCCUAGCAAUACCAAAGAAGCAUACGGGGCCGAGCUUCUUUCCUCUCUUCCUCUCCUAGAGAAAGAUCGGUCGCUCACGAUCGCCGUCGUGGGCCUCGGACCCGUCGGAAUCUGUGCAUUUGUCAGCCUUCUGGAUGCUAUCUCGGAGACAUCGCGCCCUUGCCCCGUUCGGCUGGUUGCCGUCGAUCCUCUGCAUAGUAGGAGGGAAAAAGUGCAAAAAAUACACGAUGCCAUGGAUGUCAAGUAUAGGCUGGGACAAAAUGACCUAGUCAUCGCGUCUAUUGAAGAUGCACCCGGGGUAGUGGAGAAAUGGACGGAUGGCGUAGGCUGUAAUGGAAUCCUAGAGGUCGUUGGGAAUAACAGUGCUCUGAGUCUCGCUUACGAUCUCGUUCGACCUUUCGGAAUCAUAUCUUCGGUCGGCGUGCAUCAAGGCCCGCCAUUACCGUUCACCGGUCGCCAAGUGUAUGAUAAAAACGUCUCCUUUGAUUUUGGGCGGUGCCCGGUACGUGCGCUCUUCCCACUCGCGUCCGAAGUGCUCUCCAGACACCUUGGCAUUUUCGGGAGCGUCGGUCAAGGUCAAAGCCUCGUUGAGCGUAUCGUUGGUUUUGAUGAGGCUGCACGCUGGUAUGAGGAGUUCGAUAAGGGACGGUGCGGCAAGGUAGUCUUUGAUCCUUGGAAAUGA